ACUCCUGGUGUUUUGUGACGAAGUAUCUUUCUGAUUUCCUAUUGGGUUCCCAGUUGAUCUGUAAACAGAAGAGCCGUAUAAAUGGCCUUGCCAAGACGGAAACGUAUUUUCACUGUGGUUCUGAGGUGUGGUGGAACAAAUCAGUAAUAUGGCCAAUUUAAAUUGUAAUACAGUUUAAAUUGGCUAUAUUACUGCAUUAGAUACAAACAGUUCCUGAAUUCGGAAAACGGUCAUGAAAACCAGACUCAUCAGCGCCAUGAAGAUAUAUUUUGUUCUCCUCAGUUGUAUUCAUGGCGCUUUAUCAGUGAUCCAUUCCCUGCGCUACUUCUACACAUCCUCCUCAGGAAUCUCAGACUUCCCUGAGUUUGUGGACAUGGGGAUGGUGAAUGAUCAGGUCAUUAGCCACUAUGACAGCAUCACGAAGAGGAAGGUCCCAAAGCAGAGCUGGAUGGGGAAGGUUUUUGACCAGCAGUAUUGGGAUAGCACCACAGAGGACCUGAGAGGCGCAGAGAAGGUUUUCAAAAACAACCUUCAGACGGCACAGAAGCGUUUCAAUCAAACAGGAGGCAUGCACAUUAGCCAGGACAUGUAUGGCUGUGAAUGGGAUGAUGAGACAGGAUUAACAGAAGGGUUUCACCAUAUUGGAUAUGAUGGACAAGACCUCCUGGUAUUUGACCUGAAGAGAGCGACAUGGAUUGCCUCAGUCCCGCAGGCUCUCCACUCCAAAAUGAAGUGGGAAGGGGACCCGUCUAGCAUUGAGAGCGAGAAACGCUACCUCACCCAGGAUUGCAUUGUGUGGCUGAAAAAGUAUCUGGAAUACGGGAAGACUACUCUGCAGAGAACAGUCCCUCCAUCAGUGUCUCUGCUCCAGAAGACCCCCUCCUCUCCAGUGACCUGCCACGCUACAGGUUUCUAUCCCAGUGGAGUCAUGGUGUUCUGGCAGAAAGAUGGACAAGAUCACCAUGAAGAUGUGGAGAAUGGAGAGACUCUCCACAACGAUGAUGGAACCUUCCAGAAAAGAACCCACCUCAAAGUGACGUCUGAGGAGUGGAAGAACAACAAGUAUCAGUGUGUUGUUCAGGUCACUGGUAUCAAGGAGGACUUUAUCAAGGUUCUGACUGAGUCUGAGAUCCAGACCAACAGGGGUGUGAACACCAUUGGCUCCGCCCCCAUCAUUGGAGUGGUUGUAGCUCUCCUGGUUGUUGUUGUUGUUGUUGGGCUCGUCAUGUGGAGGAGGAAGAAGAGCAAGAAAGGGUUUGUUCCAGCCAGCACUUCCGACACCGACUCUGAGAACUCUGGGAAAGGUGCCCAGAAGAUUUGAGAAACCUCUGCACUUCUGUAACAUCAGAGAAGGAGCUGAAGAGGACAGCAACGCAAUGGAAACGACAAACGUAAACUUCCCAAGAAUGUAACACAUCAGUCUCUCACACACACACUGUGAACACAGAAUCCAUAUAUAAAACAUCUGAAAGUUUUACUUUCAUUUAAUUGGUUUGGCUUUUGAAAAGUUGUGCUGUAAUUUUGUUGAAUUAUAAUGUAAUAUUACCACUGUGUGAUAUAUGUAUCUCAAGUCAUAUAGGUAUAUUAGAACCAGUGGAACACAGACAUACAGGUAAAUUUAAAAUGUGAAUUUUAUAUUAUUCUACAAAUAAACAUAAAUUAGCUUGAUUUUCCCCUAACUGAAGCCACCAAAACAAUCACAUUUAAAAUGAUUUUUCUGUGAACUGGAAAAACAUUUUUGUUUGGUGUAGCUUCAUAUGUCUGUUUUGGUGGCAUAAGAUACAGUAAUUGUGUGACGUUAUAACUUUGCUCACACUAACUUGUUUAAUUGUAUAACUGUAAGCCAGACAAGGCCUGUCCACAUGUUCCAUUUGUACAUAUUUCAUUUGAAGUGGUGGUGUUUUUCUUUUUGUGGCUAGUGCGUUCUGUAGAAUAAGUUGGUGAUGGGUCAAGUUGAACAACAACUUUUAUUGCAAGUGUUUGUGCUUUGUACAUUAAGGAUGCUCUACACAAAGCAAUGAUCUAAUCCAAGUUAAAUGUAUUGGUCACAUAUUCUACAAGUGGAGGAGAGUGACUUCAUCACAACUUUUUUUGUUGAAUGCACCGAGCUGUCUGUCUUAACUACUGGCACACAGCUCGGGACACCCAUGCAUACCCUACAAGACAUGCCACAAAAGGUAUCUUCAGUCCCCAAGUCCAGAACAGACACAGUACUACAUAGAGCCAUGACUACAUGGAACUCUAUUCCACAUCAACUAACUGAUGCAAGCAGUAAAAUUAUAUUUUAAAAACAUAAACACCUUAUGGAACAGCGGGGACUGUGAAGCAGCACACACAUUGGCACACACAAUACAUAAGGAUUUAGAACUGUAGAUAUGUGGCGGAGUAGAGGCCUGAGGCCACAGUGUUUUGUAAAUGUAAAGUUUUAAUUGUAUAAACUGCCUUCAUUUUAAUGGGGAGCCAUAAUAAAUACAAACGCAUACACCA